AAGUUAGGACAAGUCUUGGUCGCCUUGGGCCUCAAUUUUUUUAUUUUUUUUUUUAAGUUAGGGCAAGUUUCAGACGACGCAAUCUGCUUAGACACUCCGCAGGGCGCAGCCUCCGCUAUCGCCUCAGGUGACAAGGGCCUCUCAAAAUAUUUGGAAUCUCAGGGCCGGCCCUGAGAAAGUAUAGAGGAGAGAGAGAUGGGAAGCGAUAAUGAAGCUGAGAAGUCGGCGCAGAAGGAGAAAGAGAAUAAGAAGUUGUUAGCUUUGGCCCCCAUUGCCAAACCCCUUGCUGGAAAGAAGCUCUCUAAGCGAACCCUCAAACUCGUCCGCCGAGCUGCCGAACACAAAUGCCUGAAGAGAGGAGUCAAAGAAGUCGUCAAAAGUAUUCGGCGUGGUAACAAAGGAUUAUGUGUCAUAGCAGGGAACAUAUCUCCUAUUGAUGUCAUCACUCAUGUUCCAGUCUUGUGUGAAGAGUCUGAAAUACCCUACAUAUACGUUUCCUCUAAAGAAGAUCUUGCAAAUGCAGGAGCCACGAAGAGGCCGACGUGCUGUGUUCUGGUGCUAACCAAGCCCACCAAGGGGGAAUUAGGCCAGGAGGAACAAGAAAAACUGAAGGCAGAUUAUACCCAAGUUGUAUCAGAUGUGUCCGAACUUGCUUCCUCUAUGUUCUGAAGGACUACAAAAACUAUGAUAUCUGUGCUUUUUUUCUCAAUGAUGUACUUUGUUUUGGUUUGAGAUGCCAUGUGGUUAUUUAUAUAUAUCUGAAGCGGAGCUACAUGCAGUA